AUGGCGACGCCGGCGCCGCGCAUCCAGCGCCUGAGCCCGGACGUGGUGAACCGCAUCGCGGCCGGGGAGGUGGUGCACCGCCCCGCCAACGCCGUGAAGGAGCUGCUGGAGAACUCGCUGGACGCGGGAGCCACGCACGUGGCGGUUACCGUGAGCCAGGGCGGGCUCAAGCUGCUGCAGAUCCAGGACAACGGCCGCGGCAUCCAGCGCCAGGACCUGGACAUCGUGUGCGAGCGCUUCACCACCAGCAAACUCAAGAGCUUCGAGGACCUGAAGGACAUCAAGAGCUUCGGCUUCCGCGGGGAGGCGCUCGCCAGUAUCUCGCACGUGGCGCACGUGACCAUCACGUCCAGAACGGCGGACCAGCCCUGCGCCUACAAAGCUUCGUACCGAGACGGGAAGCUUGUGGCCAAGAAGCCCGGCGAGUCCAAGGACCCCAAGCCGUGCGCCGGAAAGAACGGGACGCAGAUUGUGGUGGGUUUCUUAGAGGGGUGGGAUAUUUGA